AUGAUGACAUUUCAUGAUAUAUUUGUCGUGUUUGUAUAUGAAGAAUUCAUUUGCAAUAGUUUUUGGGACCGGUCGUCAGCAUGCGAGAGAGAUUUCUUGAAAAAAAAAAUGGCGACACGAGCAGGGUUCGAACCUGCGCGGGCAGAGCCCAAAGGAACCUGCAUCCUUCGCCUUAACCACUCGGCCAUCGUAUCGUCUAAUGGCCUUUUCAGGCCAGAGCACACUAUAUAG